UGCUGAGCGCGGUCUCCGGCCUGCUCGCCAUGGACCGAGAUAAUGUCCCCACGACCCCCAAGGCCUCCUUCCGAAAGUUCCUGGAGCACCUCUCUGGGGCCGGCAAAGCCAUCGGCGUGCUGACCAGCGGCGGGGAUGCCCAAGGCAUGAACGCCGCGGUGCGCGCCGUCGUGCGCAUGGGCAUCUACGUGGGCGCCAAGGUGUACUUCAUCUACGAGGGAUACCAAGGCAUGGUGGACGGUGGCAGCAACAUCGUCGAAGCAGACUGGGAGAGCGUCUCCAGCAUCCUGCAAGUGGGAGGCACCAUCAUCGGCAGCGCCCGCUGCAAGGCCUUCCGCACCCGCGAGGGCCGCCUGAGCGCCGCCUGCAACCUGGUCCAGUGCGGCAUCACCAAUCUAUGUGUGAUCGGCGGGGACGGGAGCCUCACCGGGGCCAACAUCUUCCGGGAGGAGUGGAGCGGGCUGCUGGAGGAGCUGGCCCGCAAUGGCAAGAUUGACAAGGGGGAGGUGGAGAAGUACGCACACCUCAACGUGGUGGGGAUGGUGGGCUCCAUCGACAACGACUUCUGCGGGACCGACAUGACCAUCGGCACCGACUCGGCUUUGCACCGAAUAAUCGAAGUUGUGGACGCCAUCAUGACGACCGCCCAGAGCCACCAGAGGACCUUCGUUCUCGAGGUUAUGGGGAGACACUGUGGGUACCUCGCGCUGGUGAGCGCCUUGGCCUGUGGGGCAGACUGGGUGUUCAUUCCGGAGUCGCCCCCGGAAGAGGGCUGGCAGGAGACCAUGUGCGUCAAGCUGUCGGAGAACCGAGCCCGGAAAAAAAGGCUGAACAUCAUCAUCGUGGCUGAAGGAGCGAUCGAUAACCAAAAUAAGCCUAUCACCUCGGAGCAGAUCAAGGAGCUGGUGGUGAAGCAGCUGGGCUAUGACACACGUGUGACCAUACUCGGCCACGUGCAGAGAGGUGGGACACCCUCGGCCUUCGACAGGAUUUUGGCCAGCCGCAUGGGAGUGGAGGCUGUCGUCGCCCUCCUGCAGGCCACCCCAGAGACCCCGGCGUGCGUGGUGUCACUGAGCGGGAACCAGGCCGUGCGACUACCCCUGAUGGAGUGCGUGCAGACGACCCAGGACGUGCAGAAGGCGAUGGACGAGAGGAGGUUCAAGGACGCCGUGCAGCUCCGAGGAAGGAGCUUCGAGGACAACCUCAACAUCUACAAGCGGCUCGCCAGCAAGAUGCCGGACUCCCAGAUCCCCAAGAGCAGCCACAACGUGGGCAUCAUCAACGUGGGCGCGCCGGCCGCCGGGAUGAACGCGGCCGUGCGCUCGGCGGUGCGCGUCGGCAUCUCCAAUGGGCACAAGAUGUUCGCCAUCUACGAUGGCUUCGAAGGCUUCGCCAGAGGCCAGAUAAAAGAAAUCGGCUGGUCAGAUGUCGGAGGCUGGACCGGACAAGGCGGUUCUAUUCUUGGGACAAAACGGACGCUCCCUGGGAAGCACCUGGAGCAGAUCGCCGCCCAGAUGCGCAAACACAGCCUCAACGCGUUGCUGAUCGUCGGUGGCUUCGAGGCCUAUCUGGGUCUGCUGGAACUGUCAGCCGCCCGGGAGCAGCACGAGGAACUGUGCGUCCCUGUGGUUAUGGUCCCCGCCACCGUCUCCAACAAUGUGCCGGGGUCCGAUUUCAGCAUUGGCGCCGACACCGCCCUCAACACCAUCACUGACGCUUUCGAGAGCUCAGUCGCGUUUGCCGAGGCGCGUAGCAGCUACCAGGAGUUCUGCGUCCCCAUGUGUGUCGUGCCUGCCACCAUUAGCAACAAUGUCCCUGGCACACAGAUGAGCUUGGGUUCUGACACCUCCCUGAACACGGUCGUAGAGACGUGCGACCGCAUCAAGCAGUCAGCCAGUGGGACCAAGCGCCGCGUGUUCAUCAUCGAGACCAUGGGCGGCUUCUGUGGCUACCUGGCCAACAUGGGGGCCCUGGCGGCCGGCGCCGACGCUGCCUACAUUUUCGAGGAACCCUUCGACAUCCGGGACCUACAGAGCAACGUGGAGCAUCUGACGCAGAAAAUGAAGACCAGCAUCCAGAGGGGGCUCGUGCUCAGGAACGAGAGCUGCAACGAGAACUACACCACCGACUUCAUCUACCAGCUGUACUCGGAGGAGGGCAGGGGCGUCUUCGACUGCAGGAAGAACGUGCUGGGCCACAUGCAGCAGGGCGGAGCACCGUCCCCAUUUGACAGGAACUUUGGGACCAAGAUCUCGGCCCGGGCCAUGCAGUGGAUCAGCACCAAGCUGAAGGAGGCACGAGGCGCAGGGAAAAGAUUCGUGACCGAUGAGUCCAUCUGUGUGCUGGGGAUUUGCAAGAGAAACUUUCUGUUCCAGCCCGUGGCGGAGCUGAAGAAGGAGACGGACUUUGAUUGGCGUUCAAACCUCAGGCUCUGGGCGGGUCCGUGGGCAGGAGCCAGGGCGUUUUCACAGGGACCAUGCCCCAGGCUGCAUGCGGAGACAAAGGAAGAAGGGCCACACCGUGACACAGCAGAUGUGGGACACACCGAGUGCGCAGAAAGGGCCCCGGACCAGGACAGCAGUGAGGGGACCCACUGCAGCCAGUCUUUGCUCUCAAGUCUGAGACGAGAAAGGAACCAGCUUGUCCACCAGCCAUAGGGAUGGGGUCCUGCAGGGAAGACGGGCGUGCUGGGUUCCAGACCCCGCCACGCACACUGCAGUUGUAGGUGUGGUGUGCGAGGCGAUGCGUCUAAACAUGCGGAACAGAUCUCAGGCAAAAAUCCCUGGCCGCUGAGGAGCGCUGAGCACGGGGCCAGCAGACUGAUCCGCCAGGGCCGAGCUCAGCGAGGUCUGCCCCUAGGCUGUGCAGGGACUGGGGACCCGAUGACAGAGGAGGGGACAGCACUAAGUUCCCUGUCUGAAAACAACGCAAAGUGAGUACCAGAUGACAUGGCCUUCGGUAGGGACGGGCAAGGCAGCACGCGGCCCCAAGCUGCUGCGUGUCCUGCGUCCAGUCAGAGGCCUCCUGGGUCCCUAGUGACCACACUAUUUUAUAGCUCAAGGCAGAUGUUGGAAAAACCUUUGCUAAAGCAAUUCUUAGUUUUUGCUAAAAAUUGAGGAACAUGAAUAAAUGAACAAAGCGCCAUUUAAAAUGA